AUGAUCAUCACGCCGACAUCUCCAUGAACACACACACACAGACACACACACACACAUUAGUCCGGCGACAGACAGAAACCAGAGGACGCAGUGAGGAGGAAGUGCAGACACCAUCAGGAUGCAGGAGUAUGAUAUUAUAGUCCUGGGAACUGGACUCAAGGAAUGUGUCCUCUCUGGCUUAAUGUCCUUGAGUGGGAAAAAGGUUCUCCACAUCGACAAGAAUCCUUACUACGGCGGAGAGAGUGCAUCCAUUUCUCCCCUUGAGGAGCUGUACAGGAGGUUCAAGGUGCACGGUCCUCCAAAAUCGAUGGGCCGUGGGAAAGAGUGGAACGUUGACCUCAUCCCCAAGUUUUUUCUUGCAACCGGUGAACUGGUGAAAAUCUUGCUGCACACGGAGGUAACUCGUUAUAUGGACUUCAAGGUUGUUGAAGGCAGUUAUGUAUACAAGGCAGGCAAACUGCACAAAGUCCCUGCCACAGAGGAGGAUGCCCAAACUUCAGAUCUAAUGGGCAUGUUUGACAAGCGGAGGUUCAGGAAGCUCCUCAACUUUGUCCUGAAUUUUGAAUCGCGAAACCCUCGCACCCACCAGGAUGUGGAUCCUGAAAAAACAACCACCCGGGAGCUGUUCUCCCGCUUUGACCUGGGACAGGACGUCAUAGAUUUCACAGGUCACGCUAUUGCCUUACAUUGCAAUGAGAGUUAUCUAGACCAACCAUGUUUGGACACCAUCAACCGGAUCAAGCUGUACUGUGAGUCUUUGUCCCGCCACAACUUCAGCCCCUACCUGUACCCUCUGUACGGGCAGGGGGAACUACCACAAGGAUUUGCCAGGCUUAGUGCAGAGUAUGGAGGAGCCUUCCUGAUGAACAGGACCAUAGAUGAGAUCGUGAUGGAGAACGGCAAAGUCAAAGCUGUCAAGUCAGAGGGGAAGGAGUUCCACUGUAAACAGCUCAUCUGUGAUCCCAGCUAUGUCCCCAACAGAGUCAGGAAGAUUGGACGCGUCAUUAGAGUCAUAUGUUUGCUGAACCAUCCCGUCAAAAACACCCAUGAUGCCAGCUCCUGUCAAAUCAUCCUUCCUCAAAGUCAGUUCAACAGGAAGUCAGACAUUUACAUAUCAGUAGUGUCCUACAGCCACAGUGUGGCCUCGGAUGGACUGUACAUUGCCACCGUGAGCACCACUGCUGAGACCAUCACCCCGGAGAAAGAGGUGCAGCCGGGCCUGGAGCUGCUGGAGCCUAUCCUGCAAAAAUUUGUAACCGUCAAUAACCUGCUGGUUCCAAACGAGGAUGGCAGAAAGAGCCAGAUUUUUGUUUCCCGCUCAUACGACGGAGCCAACCAUUUUGAGACAGAGUGCAAGGACAUCAAGGACUUGUAUCAUCGGCUCACCGGGGCUCAGCUCUGCUUCCUGAAGUCUCGACAUCAGUCCCAUAACUCUGAUGACGACUGAGGAACACGUCAAUCAGAAGAUGAAGCAUGUAGUAAGCUGUUUGUGUUGUUCAAAAAUCCUUUUUAUUAGGUUUCAUUUUAAUCCUGAUCUUUUUGAAAGUCUUCUAAAGGCAACGUUGACAACUGUCAGGAGAAAAUGAAUAUAUGUAAUCCGUAAAGUCCGGUUGUGAAACCUCCUGAUGGGACGUCAGCAAAUCUUUUAUUGUGUAGUUUUUGUGUUGAUCAUUCUCUAGUGAAAGACUGAGAUAUCUGGGCUUUUUCCUCACAUUUCUCUGAGCAAUAAAACAUUUGAUGAAACCGACACAAAUAGAAAAAUGUGUUUUCAUUCAUCUAUUUUUUGUAAAAAAAACAAAUUUUGGAAUGAAACUUUUGUGAAGAUUUCGAUCAGAUAAAAGGUGUUGCUGUCUCUUCUUAGACCUUCCUUUAGAUUUGGAUGGAAAUUAGGAAAAUGCAGAAUAUUUAUUUCAAUAUUCUGGCACAUUCUCCUGAAGGAGGCCAUGGUCAUUCUUUGCUUUAAGCUUUCUUCAGAAUCUGCUGGUGAAAGUGAGCUGAGGGCUUCAUGCACUUUCAUG